CGGGAUGCUGGCUGCGCCUAUGACAUCUAUUCAGUCGGUGAUCUGCCGUGACGGCAACAGCUCGUGAGAUGGAGGGUGCUUCGCAUAGUAACAUCCCCGCUGUAACCGAGGGCUCAGACUCAGCGCUCUAUCAUGUGAAAACAUUAGCAGCUUUUAUAACUGGAAGAGAGGCAGCAAGGCGACGGUUGGUAUGACUGAGUUGCAGCCCUACUCUGUGUUUAGAUUCAUUUGUUAAUGUGUUCACGGACAAGAAACGAUAAGUAAUAAAUUCCCAUCAAGACGAAAGAAUGUUUCGACGGACCUUGUCACUGAAUUAAAUGUUUCCGUUGAUGAAAAUUUGUAGUAGCAAACCAGAAAGUGCUUCUGCUGUGUUUAAAUCAGUGCAUCUAAGAGAAUGAAUUAUUUUGGUGUGCAGUGACGCGUAAACUUUUGUGUAUAUUUUAUCAAAAGAAGUGUGUAGACUUCGCUGAAUGCAGAAAUUUUUGAUAGAACCUAAUUCUUAUUAACGAAGUUAUAUUAUAAUAUGAACUGACGAUAUACUGAAUAAUGAGAUACUUAAAUCUGUCUUCCGAGAAAACAACUGUAAAGAAAUAUAAUUUUAUGUUAAAAAUUCAUCAGACGAUUGCCAUUAUGACGUAGCGGAAUUAGUGACGUCAGUGACAGAACAUUGAAGUUCCUUCGGAUGGUCGAGGUGUGAAGAUGGAACAGAAGUCAACGUGGCUGACGCCCCCACCAUUCCAUAACAGCAGCUGCUCUCACCCGCGCUACCUGUCGGGAAGUCAGGUGAACAUCACUUUAUGGGACAUAACACAGGCACUCUUCAUCCUGCUCUUGUCUGCAGGAAUUCUUGGCGCCAAUCUUCUGCUAGUCCUCGUCAUCAACAGCCGCAGAUAUUCCAAAUACAUCCAUUCUCAGCCUCGGUACUUACUGACGUCACUAGCAAGCAACGACCUCGCGAUUGGUCUGUUUGUGACGCCAUUUGGGUUCCUGCCGGCGCUCUAUCACUGUUGGCCUUACGGCGAGAUUUUCUGUCAGAUUCAGUCGCUGCUCCGGGGCGCGCUCAGUCAGCAGAGCGCCGUUAUCCUGAUCUGCAUGGCUAUAGACCGCUACAUGUGCAUGCUGCACCCAGCCCGAUACCACAAGCAUUCCAGCAAGAAGAUGUGUGAUCUGUCGCAGGGCUGCGUCGCAGUGAUAAGUCUGAUGUGGGUGACAUCUGUGACGCUGUUCGCUGUGAUGGUGCUGUCGCGGGGCGGCUACUACUUCAACCCAACAGGCCUGCUGGCUUGCGAUCCCUUCUUCUCGAGGCCGAGCCUGCGUAUAUUGUCAUCCUGUUUGUUCUACUUUCCCACCACAAUGAUCCUCAUGUACUGCUAUGGUUCCGCCUUCCAUGUGAAUAAACUGCGCCUCAAACGGGUUGUCUGCUCCGGCGUGGCGGCACCAGAUGACGUCGGUGCAGCAAACAUGGAGAAGGUGGUAGCCCAGGAGAGGCGACUCAGCACGAAUUCCUCGAGGACGAUGGCGGCCAUGUCCCUGGGCUUCAUUGUCAUGGUGACACCGUGGACAAUCCAGGAGGUUGUAGCAGCCUGCACAGGAACCAAGGUUCCUCAGUUCAUUGACUUUCUGGUUACGUGGUUGGCCCUCAGUAACAGCUUCUGGAACCCCUUCCUCUACUGGCUGCUCAACAACCACUUCCGCCAGGUCUGCAAGGAACUGUUCUUGUCCAAGGUGCUGUGUCGGCGUCAGGCGCCGCUGAAUUCCAAGGCCCGCUGCUGCAGUACAAACAGCAGUAUCGUCGUCGCCACCCAGGCUACAGCCCCUCCGAUGCCUUCCGGUGCCAGAGGCGACCUGGAGGGUCUCAGCGAGAAGUACUGGGGGGAGAUACUGGAGCGCACUGUCUCCUCCAACAGCCUGCAGAGGUUACAGAGAGUGUAUGGUCAUACUCAGCCACUACCGCCUACACCGGCCAGGCCAAACGGAAACGUAAUCAGCGAAUUACGACUGUUCGAAACUGUACAAAUCGAGAUUUGAAAGAUAAUAUUAUCCUACAGGGUUUAUAUUGUGUAAUCUUAGUGUUUUGGUCGAAAAGAUUUUAAUUUCUUCCAGUCAACAAAGUAUAAGAUGAAGUGAUAACUUAUCCCAAACAUUCAAAUAUAGUGAACGAGCCACACGGGUCCAUAUGAAAAUGGAGGUGAUUUUAUACAUGAAGCUCAAACAAUAUUAGCAGAGUUUAAAUUAUUCCACAAAAAUAUCUUAUCGAUGCUUACUAAUUAAAUUACUCACUGCAUAAUGCAGCAAGUUUUGUCAGAAACAUCCGUCAUGGCUGUGUUCAUUUAAGUGUUCUGAGACUCUGGAAGAAGUUUUGUGUUCUAGUUCUGAAACGUAUGCUUCUUCGUUUCUUGCAAGCUACAUCACAUUUAUAAGAAAAAUAGCCACAGGAAGCCUGAUCUUACGUUCACAAUACCAACAUGUGAGACCCAGAUCAGAUCGUUUGUUUCUUUCGUUGUGUAAAUGUGUUUUAAGCUGUGAUAAGAUUUUUCAUCCAAAUUGAGGUUUCAAGUUUUGUCAGGAUGGCAUAGUAAUACAACUAACUGACUUCUUGGACAUAAUCUAUUGUCCAGUUUCUUCACUCAAAACGACGUUUCGUAGACUUGAUUCUGUCUAUGUCUUAAAGUAAAGAGCGUACUUAUUUGGGCCUAACCGAUAGAGCUAACUCAAUCGAUCGAGUCCAAAUAAGUAGGCUUUUUUACCUGAGGAUGGAGGCAGAGUCCAGCCCUUGAAAAAUUGUUUUAAAUAAAAAUAGGACGAAGGAUAUUGUCCAAAAGGUCAAUGAUUAUAUAUUUUUAUUUAAUCUUAGCUGAAUAAUUUGGAAUCUGUUAUGAUACAAAUAUGAGCUUAUCCAAAAAAAAAUGUUUUUGAAUUAAACAUUCGCUGUAAUGAACAGAGGGAAGCUGUGGGUUAUUUCCCGAAUACUAGAAGCUCUGCAUUAGAAAGGAAUUUUGUUUUGAAUGUUUCGAAAUAUACGAAGAAUGCAGUUACUGAAUGUGUGUGCAUAUUUGGAUAUUGAUUUUAUUUACACUAUGUAAAAAAUAUAUUUUUUAGCUUAGUGUUUUGUUACUGCGAGGAUUUUUCAACCCCCGCCCAAUCACCAAGCUGGAAGACCGCAAAACGUAUUAAGUCCCAAGAGUGAAAGGAAACAUGAUGACAUAUUAAAUGUGGUUACAUCCGACAUUUUGUAAAGUACCUGCUGGCCUCACCUGACAGUAUUUAGUCUU